UUGAAAUUCCGGGCACAGUGACUCUCCCGAAAAGACGAAGUUUUCUUUCGAGCUCGACCAAACACACGAGCGGGAGCUUCAAUCGCAAUCGACAUAAUCGGAAUAAGCGUAUUGGCCCAUAAGAAUCCUCUUGUCUACAAGUUCUGAAGCUCGUACUCUUCUCUUCCUAUUUGGAUUCGUUGCCUUCAUUUCCCCUUUCAGUUAUGUGUUCCGCACUUGAUUUCUUAUUAUAUAACUCUUUAGCUAUGCUUUGUUUUUUGAUGCAGUGGUCAGUAGCUUGGUAGAUACAUGAUUAUUGGGGGUUUCGUUAUUAUUUAGGAUUCACUCCCUUUAAAUUGAAAAGCUAAUUUCAAUUGCGUGGUUUGUGGUUUCGCCAGCGUUUUAGUGUGCGGCGACGAUUAUGUUCGUUUCUAAACUUUCAAGACGACUUGGAGUUUGGAUCCUAAAAGAGCUUCCGACAGGAAAAUCUGCAGUCAUAAAUAGAGCAAGAUGUGUACAAAGGCCUUACACCCAAUAUUUGCGACCACCGUCUGAACGAAAUACAAAAACUAAGCUAUUCCGGGAAGCCAUAUUUCAGAAGCAACAUAAUUUUUCUACCACUACUGCUGACAAUGCGUUUGUGGAAACGAUAUCCGUCACAUUUGUUGACAAGGAUGGAGAGGAAAAGCACAUCAAGGUCCCUAUUGGAAUGUCUAUGUUAGAGGCUGCUCAUGAAAAUGAUAUAGAACUUGAAGGAGCAUGUGAAGGAUCGCUUGCCUGUUCAACUUGUCAUGUGAUUGUGAUGGACAUGGAGCACUACAAUAAGUUAGAAGAACCUACUGACGAAGAAAAUGACAUGCUGGAUCUUGCCUUUGGGCUUACAGAAACAUCUCGUCUGGGUUGUCAAGUGAUUGCAAAGCCUGAACUUGAUGGAAUUCGUUUAGCUAUUCCCGCUGCCACACGGAAUUUUGCAGUUGAUGGUUAUGUACCAAAACCUCACUAGAGAAAUACUAUGAUUACUGGAGAGUGUUUGCUCACAGCAUCGACACAAUCAUCCCAAUUUUGUAGCUCCUUAUUGUCAGUGGUCACAGUUUUUUCAAUUGUUUAUUGUUUGCAAUGACGCUGAGAUAACAUGUAUGGCUAUAUUUCUAUACAUUACAUGCUUAUUAUGGUGCUGUGUUCAGCUGAUUGACAAUAUGUAUGUGAAAAGGCUGUUUUUUA